GAGUCUUACCUGGAAAAACCACGGGAAUAUUUUAACGUCACAGUGAAGGCAUGUCAGGAGUGCCUUCAAGAGGAUGACUUUUCAAUAAGCUAGACUUCAUUUUGAACACACACCAUGUACACGACUGAACGCAGGCGCAUGAGCCUGCACGAAACAAAAAGGAGGGAUCCCGUCCGAGUUUCAGCUGGAAGUUUAUGGCAGGACCCGCUGGCUCUCGAAGUCGGCGUCAAUAAACACUCGAUAUCGCCGCGGAAUCGUACCAGGGCUUUAUCGGUUGUGUAUAUCGCGCUUGAGGACAAGUCCGUGGCGCAAACAGAGGAAAACCUUUCGCUGACAUGUCUUAAAGAAGCCUGCGCCGACGCGCACGCAGUAAUGAAGAGCGUUGCGUUCGAACGUAUUGCCCUCGGCAGCCCUGAAAUCCUGGACACUUUCUACAACGCAGAUGUUGCUGUGGUGGAAAUGAGCAACUGUAUUUGUCAGCCGUCCCUGUUUUAUCACCUGGGUGUCAGAGAGAGUUUCAGUAUGACCAACAAUGUCAUCCUGUACUGUAACAAACAAGAAGAUGAUCUGCAAGUUGUAAAGGAGCAAUGUGGGAGCUACACUUUUAUCCCCUACAUGGUGUCACCGCAGGGUAAAGUGUUUGCCUGUGAUGCCACACUAAUGAGGGGAAUCACAGAUUUCCUCCAUUCUAGCUUUAAAUUUGAAUCCUUGCUGACCCCUUUGGUGGAUCGACUUGUCAAGUUGUUUGAAAGUGUUCACAUUCAUUCUAGUGAAUACCUGCAUGAGGCGAUCCGCAGAGAGAUCCGUCUGGCUCGAGAGCGCUACACAGGACAGGCAUUGAGUCAGGAACUGGGUCGGAUCCAGAAGCGCUUGGACUCGGUUGAGCUUCUGAGUCCAGACAUCGUAAUGAGCCUUCUUCUGUCAUACAGAGACAUUCCGGAUUAUGCUUCUAUAAUAAAUCUGGUGGAGACAUUAAAUAAUUUGCCCAUGUGCAUGGUGACGGCACAUCAGAACAUCAAAUUUCAAUAUAUAUUUGCACUGAACAGGAGGAAUGACCCUGGUGACCGUGCCAAGGCUUUAAAGCUCAUUUUACCCAUUGUGGAAUCGGGGGGCUCGGUGGCCUCAGAUGUUUACUGCCUGUGCGGUCGCAUCUACAAGGACAUGUUCUUGAGUUCGGGCUUCAAAGAUACAGACAGCAGAGACAAAGCAUGUUACUGGUAUGGCAAGGCCUUCGAGAUCGAACCCACUCUGCACUCUGGAAUCAAUAAUGUUGUGCUCCUAAUAGCCGGUGGGCAUGAAUUCGACACCUCUGUUGCGUUGCGUAAAAUAGGUGUCACCCUGAGUAGCCUGCUGGGCAGGAAGGGCUGUCUGGAGAAGAUGCAGGACUACUGGGAUGUGGGGUUUUAUCUGGGGGCCGGGAUCUUGGCCAAUGAGCAUAAAAAAGUGAUAGAAGCUUCUAAGAAACUCUACCGACUCAAUGCACCCAUGUGGUAUAUUGCAUCCAUUAUGGAGACGUAUAUACUGUACAAGCAGUUUGCCAAACCACGAGAAGUGAAUCAUCCCACACAGGAAAUUAUGGACUUUUGGAUGGAGUUGAUGAUACAGGCAUGCAAGCCAACUGUUUCCACAGCACGCUGCCCAGUUCUCAUUCUGGAACCCACUAAAGUGUUCCAACCCAGCAUAAUAAGUGUAAGUGAGGAAGACAACACUCGAACGGUGCAGCUGAGACACGUUAUACCUCUUGAGAAAGGUCUUCACGAGUGGACUUUCCCGUCAUCCGCCAUUCGCGGAGUAAGCAUCUCAAAGUUUGAUGAACGUUGCUGCUUCCUGUACGUCCUGUAUAAUUCCGAUGACUUCCAGUUGUACUUUCCCAGUGAUCUUCACUGUAAAGGGUUCUGUGAUCUGGUGAAUUCUCUAUUGCAUCAAACUGAAUCUACAGUGGAAGAUUCCAGUGCUGUCAGUGAAGGAGGUGAAGGAGUUUUAGAGUACAUGUACGAGAGAAAUGAGAAUGGAGACAAAGUGGUGUUGGGUAAAGGCACCUAUGGGGUGGUGUAUGCUGGUCGAGACCUCAGCAACCAAGUGCGCAUUGCUAUCAAAGAAAUCCCAGAGAGGGACAGCACUUACUCUCAGCCACUUCAUGAGGAGAUUGCCCUUCAUAAGAGGCUGAAGCACAGGAAUAUCGUUCAGUACCUGGGCUCAGUAAGCGAAGACGGUUUCAUCAAGAUCUUCAUGGAGGAGGUUCCUGGAGGAAGCUUGUCGUCUCUCUUAAGAUCAAAGUGGGGACCUCUUAAAGACAAUGAGGCAACCGUGGUCUUCUACACUAAACAGAUUCUGGAGGGUCUGAAAUAUCUUCACGAUAACCAGAUCGUCCACAGAGAUAUUAAGGGUGAUAAUGUUUUGAUAAAUACAUACAGCGGUGUGCUAAAGAUAUCCGAUUUUGGCACCUCAAAGAGACUAGCAGGAAUCAACCCUUGUACAGAGACAUUCACAGGCACACUGCAGUAUAUGGCUCCAGAGAUCAUUGACCAGGGUCCUCGUGGGUACGGGAAACCAGCCGAUAUCUGGUCUCUGGGAUGCACCAUCAUAGAAAUGGCCACGGGGAAACCACCUUUUCACGAACUGGGGAGUCCUCAGGCGGCCAUGUUUAAGGUGGGCAUGUUUAAGAUCCACCCCACGGUGCCAGAGUGCAUGUCAGAGGAGGCUAAAGGUUUCAUCAUGUGCUGCUUUGAACCCAACCCAGAUAAGAGGGCCACGGCUUCUGAGCUCUCAAAGAACAGCUUUCUGAAGGGCAGCGCAAGAAAAAAAGCCAAACUUCAGACAGAUAACCUCCUGAAAGAACCUCAUGACUUUCACAGGAGCAUGUCUGUACCCAUCGCUUUGCGCGUGGAAAACGCAGACGUUGACCACAGUGAAUUGUCCAACUCUUUUGAUGUGAGGAGGACCACACCUCUUCUCAAAGUAAAUGACAUCGCCGCAAGUCCUUCCAGUUCCAGCAGCUUCUUGGCGGUGCCAGAUGAGCCCCAAGGAGACAUGACGACAAGCCCAUCCGGCUCUGGGGAGAAUUUAGGUCUGUUCAUGUUGAGAAAGGACAGCGAAAGGAGAGACACACUAAACAGAAUUCUAACUGAGUACAUCAAUGACGUGAUUCAAAACAUUCAGGAAACAUUGCCGCAGACAGAGGAGCACGGUAUCACCUCAGAUCACAUCAGCGAGCUGAUUGGCUACCUAGGAGAGAACAUCCGCUCUCCAGACAAGAGACACCUGACUAAUAGCCUGCUAAAGUUGCGCUCCACCCUACUGAACGGUGCCGUGCCCCUCAGCAGCCUACAGGCGGCGCUCUUUAGCUUUCAGGAUGCAGUAAAGAAGGUUUUGAAGAAACAGCAGAUUAAACCUCAUUGGAUGUUUGCUUUGGACAACUUGCUGAGACAGGCUGUACAGGAUGCCAUUACAGUUCUGCUCCCAGAGCUCAAGCUUCAGCUACAGUCAUCGUUUGAAAACGAGGAAAGCUCUAUAGAAACAGAGCAACCCGUUGAGGCUGAUCCUAGGGAAAAUGUUAUUCCCCUCAUAACGCUCAAUGAGGAAUCUGAUAUCCCUCAGAGAUCUGAAGAGAGUGAUGAGAAACUUACCAAGAAUCUUGUCUCCAGUCACUCCUCACUCACAAAGGAGCUGUCCGAACUCCGACUUGAGUCCAGGAGGUUGCUGCUUCAGUUGAAUGAAAAGGAGAAGGAAUUCCAGGAACUUCUCAGGAACUCGCUUCAAAUGAAACAAACAGAAAUCAACACCCUGGAGGUCAAAGCUUCCUCUGCUGCUACAGAUAAGAAAAUAUCCCCCAAUCCCCAGAACAACGCUAUGGUCCGCUGGUUAAAAAGUGUCCCUGUGGAUGAGAAAACCAUUGACAUUCUUGUUUAUCAUGACUUCACCUUGGAUUGUCUCAUCCAUCUCACAUGCAGAGAUGACUUACAUUACUGUGGCAUCAAAGGUGGGAUGCUGUGUCGCUUGUGGGCUGCUAUUUCCAAACAGAGAAAGUCAUGUCUCAGUCCAGUUAAGGAGGACGGUGAAGACACCCUUCUUUAACACACCAGACUUAAUCUAGUUCUUUUUUUUUAAGGAUAUGAGCUCAGUGAGUUUGCAAUUUAUAGUCUGCCCUUUUAUUUGGCACUGUUAUCAAGUGACACUACGAUAAAAGACAUUCAUUUCAAGAAAAGAAAUCCACUGUCAGAAACAUAAAUGGUCAGAAAAUUAUCCCUAGCUGUCAUUGGGGCAGAAACCUUUCAAAAAGUACACUUUUGCACCUUAAAUUUCAUAUUAGUAUGUCAGCAGUACCAAAUAUAUACAAAACUGUACCUAAAUGGUGCAAAUUAAGACUUUUUUAGUGCCCCAGUGUCAGCUUGGGGCCAGUUUGUACAUUUUUUUAUGACCGUGUAUGUGAACUUUCUCAGGAAUAACCUGUUGAAUAAUGUAAUAAGAUUCAGUAUAUAUUUUUCUGUGAAAUCUUUAUCAAAACAUUUAUUAUGUGAAAAUGUUUCAUAUGUAUUAGGGUACAAAGAAUAUGUAUUUGUAUUUAUGAAUUGUGCAAUCUUAUACUGACCGUUAGCUUAAAAUACUACUAACAGUGAAACAAGUUUGAUUAAUAGUUUGUCUUGGAAAUACAUGUUUUAAUUUAGUUAUUUUAUAAGCCUGUGAAAUUGCCUGCUUUGUUCUUUAUGCAUAUUUAAUGAAGCAAGAUUUUUUAUUUUAAUGAUCAAACUGUGCUGUUAUUUCUUAUAUUGUACAAUAUAUGUAAAAUGGUAACAAUCCAAGCUGA